CCAAUGCGUCGCCUUUUCCUUUGACUAAUUGUCCUGUGAACCAAAAUUCUCGGCCCUCUUACGUACCACUGACCUAAUAAUCGUUGAAUCCUGAAUUAAGAGAGUCUUCUAUUUACGUACAGAUCAGUGAUUGCUAAUUAUGAAUUUUGCCUCUCAUUCCACGGUCACUCCCCUUCUUCCUUAGUGGGAGAAACAGGGGACCCAUCUCUGCUUCUUUCCUUGUGUUUCUUGGCCAACAGUUAAAACUCUGUUUACAGGCAUGGCACAGCGUUUCAUGACUUUGCAGUUUUUAAUUCAAAAGGAAAAUAAAGAAAACGAAUGCUUUUGCGCACAUCGUCGCAUGAUACUGAGCAAAGAAAGAGUAUCAAAAUUCCAACAGCGCUAUCUUUACUUGCAGAACGUCAUAUAUUUUUUAAGCCUCUCUGGUUUAACAAAUAUAAAUGAAUCGAAUAAACCAGACCCGCGAGACUGCUGAAGUGUUCUCCAGAUACCACCCCUCGAAGUUGAAUUAGUCUGUCCUUUCUUUCUCAGCGCGUGUCUCGGAGGGAUGAGGAAAAGUCCAUGGGUCAAACCAUAAACAGCGAGUUUGUUCCUUAAUACUCCGAGCACGACCCAUCUAAAUGAAGCAGUUGCUGUUAUUAAUUAUAAUAAUCGCAUAAUUUAAGAAAAACGAGGCUGGUGUGCUUUCUUUUUCAAUGGAAGUCACUUAGCCACUAUCAUUUAUCAUAUUUAGAAUUAGAAUUCCAAGCGAGCUUAUUCUUAUCUCGUCCUAUAUAUAAUUCCACAUCCCCCAUUAGCGUAAACUAACCAAGCGCAAAUCCCACAUUGCGGUUUCUUCUUCCCCUUCACACCGUUUCCUACAAUUUUCUUUCUCUUCUUCCUCUCUAUUAACACACGCGUGCACCCACUCUUACAGUGUCGCAUACAGGGGGGGUGUGAUAAUUUUCAUAAAACAGAGGAACAGAAAUGAAGGUGGAAGGCGAGAGUAAGCGGAGGACACAUCAGAGUGAAGAUGAGAUGGGCAUAAGGAAGGGCCCAUGGACCGUGGAAGAGGACACCAUUCUGGUCAACUACAUCGCCAUCCACGGCGAGGGUCGCUGGAAUUCCGUCGCCCGCUCUGCCGGUCUGAAGAGAACGGGCAAAAGUUGCAGGUUAAGAUGGCUGAACUACUUGCGUCCCGACGUUCGGCGUGGAAAUAUCACGCUGCAGGAACAGAUAGUAAUUCUUGAUCUGCACUCUCGGUGGGGAAAUAGGUGGUCGAAAAUAGCGCAGCACUUGCCAGGAAGAACAGACAAUGAGAUUAAGAAUUAUUGGAGGACGAGGGUGAUGAAGCAAGCGAAGCAGCUCAAGUGCGAUGUCAACAGCAAGCAGUUCAGAGACACCAUGCGCUACGUGUGGAUGCCCCGCUUGCUGGAGCGGAUACGGGCGGCCGCAUCCGAAUACCAACCGAACUGCCACCCCAUCCCCGCCAACCCGAAUCACUCCUCCGUCACGCCUCUGAAUAUCCAGUUCAACGAACCCCCUUCGUCCCCAUGGCAGGCUCAUCAUCAUGUUUCGGACGGUUCCCCAGAGGGGUUGGAAGCCUGCCCACGGGUUGUAUCCGAGCAGGGAAACGGUGCCUUGGGUGGCGGCGGUGGGGAGUGGGCCGAAACACUGUGGAGUGACGACAAUAUUUGGUUUUUGCAACAACAACUUUUCGAAGAUGUGUAAAUGAAAAGACAUGGCAACGGUGCGUCGCCCGUAUUGAUGGGUCUAAUCUACUGUACAAAAUUACAGACGUAGGCAUAUAUGUAGUCUAGAUACAUGGCAGAAGACUAGAUAUAUAAUAUAGGGAGUGUGUCCGUGGUACAAGUGUAUGGAAAUGGAUGUGCACCGUGGCUUUUUCUUUAACCAAAUGCCAAUAAAGUCAAAUUUGUUUCCCAAAA